AUGCCACUCGGAACUCGGAAAAAGUCUCCUAUAAAAGCAACGUCAAUGUGCCAAUCUUCGCUCAUUUGUGGAACUCCCCCAAUUCAAAGACAACAUCUCUCUAACAAAAGAAAGCAGAAGAAAAUGGCUGAAAACCACAGGCCAAAUCUUGGAUUCGAGAGAGACUAG